CCCGCAUUUACUACUCGUUCCAAACUUCCUGUCGUUUUUAAAAACAAACCAAAUUGGACAGAAAGUCAAAGAAAGUUUAACGCAGUUUACAUCUGGCAUUUUUAAAGCAGAAUGUGAAGAUUACUUUCAGUUAUACAUAACUUGAUGUAGUAAUACAAAAAUUGCAAACAUGGUGUUUAAAAGAUCAGAGUAUGGACUACAGUUUAAAAAAUCUCAUCUUGUUAGGAAUAUACCGGAAUAUUAUAAUAAUGUAGAAUACAGAACACACCGUAGAGAAUUGGAACAUGCCCAUACACCACUUUCUUGGGACUUUGAACAAGAUUCAGGUGAUUCAAAAACAACUUCUGAGGAAGAAGUUUGUGACAUAUUACAACAAAAAUUACAAGUUAUUGAUGAGAAAGAUGAUGAGAAAUCUGAUGAUCUCAUCAAACAAGCAAAAGAUAAAUUGGAUAAAUAUGACAGUAAAGACAAUCAAAAUACAGAAGAUGUAAAAAGAGACAUUUGUAAAUUAACUGAUGAUAUAAGAACAAAGGAAGAUAAUAAAGAUGAAGUAGUACAAUCAAAGGGCAGUAAUGACAAACCAGAAAAAAAUCUACAAUCGCAAGCUGACAAUAAAAAGGUUGUACAAUCAAAAGGAUUAAAGACCUAUAUUUGUAAACAAUCUGAUGAUCUUAAAUUGGAUCUGAAAUCAUCUGAAGAAAAGAAGAAACCUAAGAAAUUGAGACCAAAAUCUUCACCAAUUUACAGACCACCAUUUGUUGCUUAUGGAUGUGGUGAUAAAGAGAGAGAGACAGGUGUCAAAAAGUCAUUUAAUGUCCGUGCUUCAAAUGAUGUUUAUCCUGCAGCAAUGAAAGCCUUGGUAGACCACCAUGAAAGACAAAAGAAAAGAGAGACAGCAAGAAGAUGUUUAUCAGCCAGAGAAAGAAAGAGGAAAGCAAUGGUACAAGAGAAAGCAGCAAAAGAAGUUGCAGGCUGGCAAUCUGAGUACCGUAGAAUGUACCCAGAAUACAAUGCUGAUGAAUAUGCUAGGUCUGUGUCACGACUUCAAGAGAGACCAAGGUGUUUCAGACCUUAUAAAUUUUAAGGACCAAGUGAUUUGUCUUCCACAUAAAGACAAAUGUAUCAGCAUUUAAAGCUAGUUUCUAGUUAUUUAUUUUUCGUAGAAACAAUCAUGGAUGUAAAAAAGACAAUAUGUAGGAAUUGAAAUCUUGCCAUGGUUUUCAUUUCUUAAUAUUAAAACUGUUACUGAAAAUUCAAAAAUGUAUGCAAUGUUUUUAUUAUUGCUAAUAGAAUGCACUGGAUAAACAUUGCAAUUUGCCUAUAGCAACAUAACAGGAAUAGCUUGGAUCAUUGUCACAUUAUUUUAAAUGGUUGAAUACUCAUAAAAAAUCAAAUACAUGUACAUGCAUUAAAGUCUAAAUUCACAAGGUUUCAAUCAAUCUGCUUUGUAUUUAAUUAUAUUGUAGAUGUUAUAAAAUUGACUAUGGUUUAGGAAAAACAUCAUUUGAGCACAGAGUCCUAGGAAUAUCAUUGUACUAUUUUUUCCUAAAAUAUUGCUGACUAAUGUUUUUAUAACAAUAAUCUGAAACAAUGCAGGCAACUGAAAUUUAAAAUUUCAUAAUUACUACUCAUAAUUGUUGUUGGUGCAGUCAUUUUUUUUGUAUUGGAUUAUACAAUCUUGAAUUUGUUAAUAUCCAUUUAAUCCUGUUUUAUGUACAGACAUAAUCUUUGAAUUUGUUUUUCCUUCUAAAUUUAUAAAUAGUGUCUACAAAAAAAUACCACUUGCACUUAAAAACAUUACACAGCAUACAUGUCAAAUUGUUUAUCCUACUUCUGACCAAAUUAGCACGUUUUCAUUGAAUAAGAACAGUCACAUGUCAUAUUAUGCCACCCACCUUCUGUUGGUAUAUGGGUUAUAUACCAGAUACCAUAAGUUCACUCAAUCAUGACUCUAACUGUUGUGACAUCAUGUUCACUACCGUGAGGGAACAUCAUGAUACAAGAUAUUUUAUUAACCAAUCAUGGUGCCCAAAAUUUGAGCUAUACAAUCUAAUGAAUUACAAAACAAAGCACAAUAAAUGAUUAGAAUGAUUAAAGUACAUUUAAACAAAACAUGUAAACACAUUUAAACAAAGUAACACAUAAUCAAUGUCAUUGACAAAUCAUUAAGUCAUUUGGAAGCCAAUGAAACAAUUAGAUGUGACAUUAUUUAAAAACAUCAUACUGCUAAUGAUACACAAAGAUGAUAAUGAUGCUGAAAAUUUUUAUAUAUUUAAUUACUAAAACAAAAUUUCCAGUACUUGCUCCAAUUUACUAUUACAGAAAAUCCACUUAAUUAAUAGUUUACCUCAUACCAUUGACACCAUAAAGGCUUCAGUUUGGGGGGAGGGGGGUAGUGACUGAAAGAGAUGAUAUAGUGGAUCCCAUAUUUUCCUGGAAUUCCUACAUCUCUGAUUCCAAAAAUUAGUUAUACACUAUUUUACAAAGCACAAAACACCCACAAUGACACAUAUUUUGAAAGAGCAGAGAACAUCUUUCAAAUUUUUUUUAUGUUAAAGAAGCAAAUAUAACAUGAUUAAAGACAAAGACAGGCUGUAAAAGAUGAUAGGACAAAGCACCUUUCCUUUGUUCAAGUAUAUAAUAUACUAUUAUUUUGUUGAAAUUUUGAUAACCAAAUCUAUACUGUUACUUUAUAUUAUUUUGAGUGUGCUGGUAAUGUAUUUCUAGUACGAGAUUAAUAAGCAAGUCAUUUACUAAAUUUGUAAUUUUUGGUGUGUAUUGAUUUUGUUGGCUUUUUUAGUUGAUACAGGCCAAGUGUAUUUUUCUGAUAUUAAUCUUUGUUGUAUGUGGUUAGUCUUUAGAUUUUAUACAGAGCCAUAGUAUUUAAGGUAUUGAAGUAAAAAAAAUCAUGUGAAGUACUUGAAGAGAUGUCCAUCACCCCAGAAUUACUGAUAUCAAUGCUAUACAUUUUUUAAAGAGCUGUUGAUAAAUUUAAAUUCAACAAACCUCUAAGCAGGGCUGUUGAUUUACACAUCAAUGGUUUGUGUUGUAAAGUAUCGGUAAUAAAUGUUAUGUGAAUUGUCUGAAAAUAUGACAAUGUUUUGAUGUACCCUGGAAAUUAAAAAUUUGGUAAUUGGGCCAAAACAGAAAUUCGUAGUUGGUUCUUUUUUUUUUAUUAGGUUGAGUAGUCUCAGCAUUGUAAGUAUUACCUUUACCAAUCAAUAGCAUUGGUUCUUUGAAGAUAGUUUCAAACUGUAUUUAAGAUGCUUCUCAUAAUUUACAUUUGUUAAUGGUAGCUGCUACCCAUCAUAUUUAUAUUUUACUUUAUACUUGUAUACUUUUUGUAUGUUAAUUUUUGUAUGCAGUAUCAGAUUUUAGAUGUUAAUUAAUAAAGCUUAUGUUAUUUUUAA